GCACUUCUCCCUCGUCACUUUCCUUCUGGCAGCAGUGACCUGGUAGGCCCGACCGCGUUCCACAUGCGGAGGGUGGACAUGCAGGUGGACGUCCUCGAACAUGCCAACGUUGCCACCAAUCUCACCAUGUGGGCCACCUCGGCAGCCGCGGCGAUGAUCUACGAGUAUGCCUGCACGCUCGACUACGAGAUUAACAACAUCUGGCCGCGAGUGUUCAAGUCAAACAUAGCCAAAUGCUACCUCCUCGCUCGAUACGCUGGACUCGUUGCGCUUGCCAUGAGCACAACACUGUCUUUCCGCAUGUCCCAGGGCGCCGAGACUCCCGAGCUGCUCUGCAAAGGCUGGUUCUACUACCAGGCGUCCAUCAUCCAGCUCCUCACCAUGGUCGUCGACUACCACAUCAUGCUCCGAACGUACCUCAUCUUUGAGAAACGCCCAAUCGUCCUUCGUGUCCUGCGCAUUCUCGGCGGAUGCGAGUUUGUCUCCCUCAUCGCCUCCGCGGGGAUCAUCUUUCCAAAGCUACAAUACUCAAUAACGUGUCUAAAUAUUAAAGCCCACCGCGGGUUUCUUGUUUAUGGGAUCUGCGCCCUCUUCGUGCACUGCAUCUUCUGCGGUCUCGCAGUCGGCAGAUACUAUUGUUUGAAGCCGCCCUACAACCAGAAUCGCCUAAUGCUAAUCUCCAUUCGUGACAUCGCUGUAUCGUCAUUAGUGAUCGCUGCAAUUCUCCUUGUUAUGGUUUGGGACGUGUCGAAGCGAUCUGACCCAACCAGUAACAUUGCAUUCCACUUCCUUCUUUCCGCGUAUUGGGUCAUCGCCGGUCGACUGGUGACGAACCUUCACGAGCUCGACUAUGAAGGUGAUCCAUUUGGCGUCAGGGCUACCAGGGGCAUCCAAACAGACGGGGACAUCGAGACUUCCGACAUAGAGCUCCGCUCUAUUGAUUUUAUGCCCGUCAUUGACCCCGAGCAAGGAUCCGACGCGGUCCAGGGCAGCUCUAGUGGGGCAUGCCCUACACCUUCAGAUACGACUUGGAACCCGACGCUGGAGCCCGCUGACAGCAUGAGCAUGACGAUAUGCUAGCCAAGGGAAUUUUAUAGUCGUCUAUCAUGUUUUUAAUUUUCCUCAUCGUAGAAGGUCCACCGGUCUGCUCCCUUUGAUUCUGAUGCUUCAGGACGAGGCGGACCUCAAGCUUGCACACGAACGAGUCACGCACUGCAUCUUGUAUCUUACUCACAACCUCCGCGCUAAGCCUUGACACCGGCAGCCUUAUUCACGGACCACGCCCCAAUGCCUCCUCACCUGC